CUCAUCCUCUCGAAUUGCAUCGAAGUUGAGCACACAUUCUGUUUCGAGACAUUCUGUUCACGCGGAAUUGGUCCCGAAACAAGUCCUCAGAGCCAACAUAACUGAGCUAUCACCGCAUCGAACCUCUCCACUUCCGAGAUCUUGUCAUUCAGCACUCUGCCAUGGCCGUUCUUCCACGUCUGGUAUUCCUUUCCUUACACCGCUCACUUCUCGAUCUGGAAGAAAGCCCAUCACAUGCCUUGUUGGCCGUUCCGUCGUCCUACCCCUUGGAGAAGACAAAAAGGCGAGGCUCUACGCCUCCCAAUUCAAGAGGAAGGAAUGAUCAAUCAUAGGAUUCGUAUCCACAUCAAGAACAGGUAAUCUGAGACAGUUGUCAGCUGAACGUCUAUUGCAAACGACACGAGAUCAAAGUGCAUUUUCAUUGUCCGACGAUCCCCUGCACGAGUCGCGACCUCGUCGGUUUUGGCUGUGCUGCAAUGGAAGCUUCUGAAAUCCGUUUCAGGUGCAGGCAGCUCGAUAUGAUCCCAAGCGCUUUGCGUCCGCCUUGCGGAGAUUUGGUCCAGUGCAGGUUCCUAGAUAGCGUUUCAUCAGCUCAUGUGCGAUGCGGUCCUGAGUAUCCUUUGAACACGUUCAAUUAGGAAACCAGUCACCGGUAACCACAUUCCCCGGAGCAGCCACAAGAGCUUCAUUGAUUUCCAAGUGGCAAAUCGGAUGCGGACAGCCCAGUCUUUUCCAUCGAUUUCUUGUAGUACAUAGU